CUUUGUGACAAUUUCAUUGCUUUGUGACUUUGUGAGGACUGUGAGAGUGAGUGAGUGAGAACUGAGAAGGUGAGAAGACUGAGAAAGUGAGACGUGAGACGGAGUGCGACUACUUCGAGUUCGCUUCAAGGCGAGAAAAAUGUCAACAAGAUCAAGUCACUAGCGUGGAAAUUAUUAGAGGAAAAUGAUUAAUUUCAAAUAAUUUGAUUUCAUGCUUCCAUCUCUAAUAGAUUAAUUAAUUGAGUUAGAACCACCUCGCCCCUUUCAGUUUCUGAAUGAAGAUGGAUUUCCUAAAAUGAUUUUGCUUACUAAACUAAUGACUGAUUGGUAAAAUUUGUCAUGGCAUUACCAGGAAGUGACAACAAAGGUCCAUGUUAUUGGUGUUUCAGAGCACUUAAAUGGAUACCAGUUUUAUUUAUUGUGACUAUAGUUGUAUGGUCAUAUUAUGCUUAUGUUAUUCAACUAUGUCUUUUGACAGUUGAAGAUAUUCCAAGAAAAGUACUAUAUUUGAUAUUUUAUCAUGUAUUUUUCUUUACAUUUUGUUGGUCAUAUUGGCAGACUAUUUUUACUGAAAUUGGUAGAGUGCCUACUAAAUAUAAAAUUCCAGAAGCUGACUAUGAGGCUUACUUAAACCAUAAUGAUUCAUUUGAAACCCAAAACACCAUUUUAGAAACAUUUGCUAGACGUUUACCUAUUACUAACAUAACAGUGAGUGGUGGAGUAAGAUUUUGUGAAAAAUGUAGGAUUGUAAAGCCUGAUAGGGCUCAUCAUUGUUCUGUGUGUGGUGUUUGUGUUCUGAAAAUGGACCAUCACUGCCCAUGGAUCAACAAUUGUGUAUCAUUUACCAACUACAAGUUUUUUGUGUUAUUCUUGGGAUAUGCACUUUUAUACUGUGCAUAUGUAUCACUGACAUCACUUCCCUAUUUUAUUUCAUUCUGGAGGGGUGAUCUCCAAGGAAUGGGAAGAUUUCAUAUCCUCUUUCUCUUUUUUGUUGCUAUAAUGUUUGGUGUGAGCUUAUUGUCACUGUUUGGUUACCACUGUUACUUAGUUUGUGAGAAUAGAACUACUCUAGAAGCAUUCCGGCCACCAAACUUCAGAGAUAUUGGAACUGACAAAUAUGGGUUUCAUGUAGGACGUUAUAGAAAUUUCCAAGAAGUAUUUGGAGAUGAUCCAAAAACUUGGUUCCUACCUCUCAGUACAAGUUUGGGUGAUGGUAUAGAGUAUCCUGUACACUCACGCCACCAGCAGGGCUCUUAUCAUUCAAUGGACAACACCCAGAACAGUGUAGGAGAUGGGCUAACAUUCCCUCAAAGGCAAAUGGAUGAAGAUCAAGAAGGUCUUUUACAUGAACAAUCCUAUGAAGAUGAAUGUCACUAUUAUGCUUGAUAUCAUUGUGAUGUAUUUUUUACGUUUAUUAUUGUAUAGUAUAUAGUUAUCCGAUUAUAAUAAUUAUUCUUUAAUAGUUUGUGUUAUUAAAAAUUACUAAAAAGAAUAACAAACUGAACUGGAUAUGGAAUUGUUUGAAUUGA